AUGAGCGACAAAUACAAGCCCACUGAGCACGAGGGUCUCAAGGAGGACGGUACUCCAGACAAGAGAGUUGGCACUGGAGAGUUCGCCUACGGUCAAGUUGAUCCACAUGAGGCCGGAGCCAAAGGUGGACAAGCAACAGGUAGCUCUGAUACCGACGAGAGCUACGAGAACGAGGGCGGCGGCAGCAGCGGAGGUAGUAGCGGAGGCCAAUUCGCACACGGAAAAGUCGACCCACAUGAGGCUGGCAAGAAGGGAGGAAGAUCUUCCAAUACUGGAUCUUCUUAG